AUGUCGGCCCCGCCCCAUGUCCCAUCGAUAUCCGCUCGAUCGAUGUUGCAGCACGGGAGGUGUACGGAUACAGUGCCGCUGUUGCACCACAGGAAGGCGCUAUCGUACAAUGGCACCGCGGGGUCUCAUCUGUGUCCUCGGAGUUUAGAUUGCGCCCGAGCAGGACGUCACUUCUGCCAACAGGGAAGCUCGCACUGCGGCCCCUGUCUCCGCCCACUGGUGGAAAACUCCCACGGACGCUGCGUGAUCAAGAGGAGACACCUUUCCCACUCCACUCAGUCCGCUAAAGGUAAGAUAAGCCCUUACCCUGAACUGGACGAGGAGCUCGACAUCCUGUCGGCCAUCAUCAGUGAACAGAGGACUGAGACCAGACUGCCAGCUCCUCCCUCUCAGGAUGUCCCCAAACCCAAAUCGAAGGAACUCAGCGAGCCUGGCCCCGCCCACACGGCGUCCGCCACAGAGCAGCCAACGAGCACCAGCGCCGCCAGCGUCUUACCUGUCAGCUUGACUCCGCCUCCCAUCGCCACAAACCACACCCCCGCUCUGCUCAGGGGCCCCGUCAUCGUCCCGCACCCGUCCAACGACACGUCUUCAUCAUCGUGCCUGGCUUCCAUGACCGCCUCCACAGUUAUUUUCAGCGUCGCUUCUCCAGACCCGUACGUGCUUCGGACUCGUCUGAGCUCAGUCGCCAUCAUGUCUUCGGCGUCUAACGUCCCCAGACCCGCCGACCGUCCCUUCGUGCUCACUCUCUGUAUGUAUUUCUUCUCAGUUCUCAGCAGCGUCUUCGUCGUGGGGGGGUCGGUGGCCCUGAUCAUCGCUGGAACCUGUUGGGUCAGGUUGCAGAAAAGUGUUCGUCUAACCCAGAAGGUGGACUACCCCGCAUAUGGACUGAUGAGAGCCCAGACCUUUGAUAAUGUGCCCGGGGAUAAGAAGCUGGCCCACAGUGCCCAGAUGUACCACUACCAGCACCAGAAGCAGCAGAUGCUGUCCCUGGAGAAACACAGGGAAGGACCCAAAGUCCCCGACUCUGGAGCGUCGACCGAUGAGGAGAACGAGGACGGAGAUUUCACAGUGUAUGAGUGUCCUGGACUGGCACCUACAGGGGAGAUGGAGGUGAAGAACCCGCUGUUCGACGACUCCACCCUCUACUUCCAGAGGUUCCACAAGUAAAACCCGGACAUUCACCGACUGACCCUGAACGCAUCACCUGUGUGAGCGGCAGAGUCGACUGUACGGUGAACACGUGGGUCCAAACCCUUUACCUUCGCUCACCACGGAGAGUUUAAGGCUCACGGAGGAGCGAGGAGGAGGAGCGAGGAGGACGAG